UGACAGUGGAGUGGAGGGAAAUUUUUUAAAGAAAAACAAAAAUAAAUAGAUUAAACUAUUAUUUAAAAAAAAAGGUAUCAAAUUAAUCUUUAAGAUUUCUUAAAACUCGUACGCGUUUUAAAGUACAAUUUAAUGGUUAAUGAAAUGAGUUUGAGAUUGGAGAAACUCGUUGAAGACAUCAAAGAGGAGACGAUUUUGUGGCCGAUUGAAGAUGCAAAAAAUUCGCCUGAAGAAGAUGCCGCUUGGGCUAGAAUUGGUGCCAAACAUAAAAUGACUGGUCCUCAUGUCAAGUCGAUUUUUAAAGUAUUGUCUAAAAAGUAUGAAGUUGAAAAAGCAAAUCCCAACACAGAAUGGAAGCUUUUUAGUUAUUUGUCAUUCUUGGAUAUUAAAAAAGAAGAGAAUUUAGAUAAUAACACAGAUUGCGAGGGCGACGAUAAUGAAGAGUUUGUGGAGUUACUUGAAGUUAACGACGACUAUUGUUCUGAUGACGAUGAACCAAACACAUCAGGGGGUUCUUUUUCUGAAGCAAAUCCAAAAAAUUUAACAAAACAACAGCAAACGCUUCAAAUGCCGCCAGAAAUACAAAUUCGAAAAAUUAAAAAUGAUAAAUGUUUCAGCGCUGAAAAGAAAGAUACGAAAAAUGGAACUUUAAAGAAAAUUGGUCAAAAUUCGCUAUCUGAAAAUUUCACAAGAGCAAAUACUUCAGUUUCAGGAUCCCAAGCAAAAAACCAAGACCAAAUCUUACGAAAAUCGUCUUCGCCUAAUUCGAUAGUCGUUCGAAUUCCAAUGAAUGCCGGCAAAUCUGCUAGCAACCAAGAAAAGAAAACGCAAUCCACUCUUACAUCUGGCUUAAAGCUGAAAGUCAAAAAAGAUGAAAAAGUAAAAGAAGCACCUCCCAAUUUAAAAGAAAUAAAACUAAAGAGAAAGAUUGAUACUACAAGAGCAGAAAAAGUUGAAGAUGACCCCCCAGUAAAAAGGCAAAUUGUUUUACCAAAAGGAAUUAGAGUCAUUCCUCAAGCCUCAAAAACAUCAUCUAAAUUAAUUUUGUCAACUUCAAAUGAUUUUCAGUCCCAAAAUGCAUCGAACGAGAGCACAAAUUCAAAUUUUAUGCCAAUAUCACCUACAGACAAAUUGCCACCAUUUUCAUCAUUAUUAAAAAAAUCACCAACAUCAUUAUCUAAAGAUCAAGAGAAGCCGGAACAAGGAAAAAUACAAAAUCAAAAAUCAGAACAUGAACAACCACAUAUAAAAAUUGAAACUUUAUCACCACGGUCACAAAAUAGUUCCAUUUCUAAUGUUACCCUAAACAACAAUAAAAUGAACGGAAUUGAUGCAGUUAGAAAAGAUUUUUCUGAAAAAAGUGAAGCUACAUUAGAAAUUGAACAGAUAAGUAAGGAUGCCGAUGAAAAUACUGAAAUUAAAGUAAAAGUUUUAACUGAACAAGCAGAAAAAAUUUUACCAACAUUUUUCCGGGACUUAUACAAUUCUAAAAAAUAUGAUAGCUUCGGUAUGUAUGUGUCAAGUACAAUGAAUAGACUGCCAUCGCAUUUGGCUUCCAAAUUGGAAGCGAAAAUUUUGCAAUCAAUCAUCGAAAUUAAUUCCAUGGCGGUUGAGGGACAUAAUGAAGACAUUUAAAAUUUUAAAUUUUUUAAUUACAAUAUUACAUUUUAAUUUUUUCAAAAUUUUUGUAUAAAAAAACUGAACGUUAGUAUUUUACUAAUUAUUUGAACUCUAAAGCCUAUAAAAAAUUGUUAUCAAAGCUGCAAAGUAAUCAUACGUUUGAUAUUAACUAUCAAUAUUCACCUAAAAUCAAUGAUUCAUUUAAAGAAUUUUCGUUCUUGGUUAUUAUAAAAGGAAAUUUUAAAUUUUUCAACAAAAAAACAAAAUUUUUUUUUUAAUUAGAAUAAAUGAAAAGGAUUUGAUUUUGUGCUGUACCCAAGAUUUUUUCAACAAAACAGACGACAACAAGAAUAAUGUAAAAUAAUGAUUUUCUAUUGCAUGGAGUUUUAGUUUUAAUGUUACAAAAUUA